UAUUGAGCUGCCUGCAGUGCUUUUGGUUCCUCUCACGGCAGUACAAGGUGUGCCACUGUGUCCUGUCACCGUAGGAUCCACUAAGCGGACUCUGGCAUGGCACGUCUAGCCCUCCCUGUCCUCCUCGUUCUUUGCUUCUCCUUGCUCCACUUCAGCUCCAGCCGUCCAUCUCGUACCAGGAAGGCUGUGUCGUCUCGUCAGUCCGGAGCUGCAGAAGAAGAUGAUGUGAAGUCCCAGCUGGAGAGGUUGUGGCAGGAGGUGAACUCACUGAAGGAGAUGCAGGCGUUGCAGACAGUCUGUCUCCGAGGCAUCAAAGCUCACAGGAAAUGUUAUCUCACAAUCGAGGAGCCCAAACACUACCAUGAAGCAAACGAAGACUGCAUUGCACAAGGAGGAACUCUUGCAACGCCACGGGACAUGAUGGAAAACAAUGAACUGAGAGACUAUGCAAAGAGGAGUGCCCCAGGAUCCAAGGACUUCUGGAUCGGCGUAGCAGACAUAGUGAAAGAAGGCCAGUAUGUUGAUGUCAACAGCCUGCCAGUCAGCUACUUCAACUGGGACCGCUCCAAGAAGCAGCCCACAGGAACGAAGAGGGAGAGCUGUGUUGCUCUUUCAGUGGUGGCACAGGGAAAGUGGUACGAUGAGGUGUGUCGCAGCCUCAAAAAGUACAUCUGUGAAUAUGUCAUCCCCUGAGAAGACAGGAGUGGGUAUUGGCAACUUGGUGAUCACUUAUGCGGGUCAUUGAUUAAAAAUGUGUUGUCAAAUCU